AUGUCGACCAUCCCGGUAUCAGAGAUACCAACAGUAUCACUUCUCUACCACCUCAAGAAGCUCAUUCCAGCAACAUUCGACACCGAAACCGAAGCCCCGAAGCCUUCCCAAUCCCUGAACGAUCGCAUCGGACUUAUUCAAGGAGAUAUCACCAAACUCGAAGUUGGUGCUAUCGUUAAUGCUGCAAAUAAUUCGCUGCUUGGAGGGGGAGGUGUAGACGGGGCUAUACACAGAGCUGCUGGGCCUGAACUGGUCAAAGAGUGCCGCCAGCUGAAAGGUUGCGAUACUGGCUCGGCCAAGAUCACAAACGCAUACAAUUUGCCUUGCAAGAAGGUCAUUCAUGCAGUUGGUCCUGUUUAUGAUUCCAGCUUCAAGGACGAGAGUGAGGAAGACCUGGCCGGAUGCUACACUACAAGUCUGCAGCUCGCAGUUGCGAACGACUGCAAGAGCAUUGCAUUCAGCGCAUUGAGUACUGGUGUCUACGGAUACCCCAGCGAUGAUGCAGCCCCUGUUGCGAUUAAGGCUGUUAAGGACUUCCUUCAAGCUAAGGACGGAGACAAGCUCGAGAAAGUCAUCUUCUGCACUUUUGUUUCAAAGGAUGUGGAUGCGUAUAACAAAUGGUUGCCACGAUUCUUCCCAUCUACCGAAGAGUCAGAGAGUGACUGGGAGGAAGUUGAAGCUGGAGAGUCUGCGGAAAAUGGCCCUAAGGCAGCCGAGAAGGAAGAUACUCCAGCUGCAAAGGACUCUGACGCGAAGGAGAAUGAAGAGGCCAAAGUUACACUUCCAGAUGUCCCAACCACAGAGCCAGUGAAUGACGGCCCUGCAACGAAAAAGCAGAAGUCGAGCGAUGACGAGCAGAAGCUUUAG